AUGAGGUCCUCGACAGUUAUCAGCAUUAUCACAACCGCCGCAAUUACCAUCUCACAAGUUUCAGCUCAGACAUAUUCAACAUGUAAUCCUCUCACAGGUGGUAGUUGCCCACCAGAUUCAGCACUCGGCAAAACGGAUGUUAGCAUAGACUUCACUAAAGGCUCAUCAGACUCCUUCACACCAACAGGCAAUCCGACUUACGACUCAAACGGCGCUUCCUUUACAGUUGCCAAAGAUGGCGACUCACCUCAGCUAGCUUCGAAGUGGUACAUCAUGUUUGGUCAUGUAGAUUUCGUGAUCAAAGCAGCACCCGGUACUGGCAUCGUCAGUAGUGCUGUCUUACAGUCUGACGACCUCGACGAGAUAGAUUGGGAAUGGCUGGGUGGCGACGACAACCAAGUCCAAACCAACUAUUUUGGCCAGGGUAAAACUCUCAACUACAAUCGAGGGGCUUUCCAUGCAGCGCCAGGUAAUCACGAUGGUUUCAAGACCUACAGCAUCGACUGGACCGCAGAUCAGGUUGUCUGGUCAAUCGAUGGAUCACCUGUACGAUCACUCUCAUCUUCGACAGCAAGCCAAUAUCCGUAUCCUCAAACGCCUAUGAUGGUGAAAGUUGGUGCUUGGUGUGGCGGCUGCAGUUCAAAUGCGCCUGGCACGGUGCAAUGGGCUGGGGGGGCAUCAAGUUUCACCAAUGGAGGAUCGGUGAUGCAACUUAAAUCAAUCAAAGUUACCGACUACUCUACCGGCUCGCAGUACAAGUAUACAGGCAGCGACGGAACUUGGGAAUCGAUCCAAGCUGUUGGCGGUUCAGUGAACUCGAAAGGCGGCAAGGGUUCAAGUACUAAUCAACAGGCGCCCCAAGUUUCAGCGAGUACCAACAGUGGACCGAUGCCCUUUGACGGCACCCACAAGGAAUCUGCGACAAAUACGUAUCAACCCAACGCCGGAAAUUGGUCACCGACCACCCUGCAAACUAGCGGAACGCCCACUGUCACAACCUAUCCUGGACUACCAGAAGGCUGGACUGUGACUAGCGCUGGGAAAGUUCUACCUCCUAGUGCUGCACCUGUAACGCCCCCACCUACUUCGCCAUCUUCGUCGUCACAGGGCUCGCAACAGGGUGCGGCAGCUGGUGGGUCUGAUGGAGAGACGGCAUACGACGGCCAAGGGUUUCCAGUAAAGAUCUCUAGUGGGUCUCAAAAACAUUACGACGACAAAGGCUUCUUGAUAGUCGACACUCCAGCUCUGGAUACACGGGCUUCAUCCCCGGCUGCGGCAGCACAGAAUGCACAGAGCACACCGGCGACGACUUCGCCCGUGCAGGCACAAGCAGCGGAAGAAUCUUCGGCUUCGACAAGUCCGGCCAUAUCCAAGUCGACUUCGAAGCCGGAGGGCGCCGCCGUUAGUCUCGGCGCCUCUGGACCACUUUUGACGGUGGCGCUGGCUUUAAUGGCAAUACUGAUGCUCACAUUCUGA